AUGGUGUUUCGACCCAGUAGACCCGAGGACUACUUCACGAUGUGGUCGAGCGCUUAUUACAACGACCAAGGGACUGAAGCCGUUCUUAGAGCCAUGGAUCACUUGAACGAAAUCAUUCGCAGCAUCUUUGUGGAUCCGGACCAAUUCGAUUGGAACAUGCGCUACUUUGCCAGUCUCCUGGAUGGCAACAACGACGAGCAGUUCCUGGUCCUCGGCAUCGGCAGCUCUUCCAACGGCAAGUCACUUAUGGCCAAGAUUCUCCGGAUGACCCUUGGCCCGGUGUACUCCAGCAUGUUGACCAGCUCCUACCUCCAUACAAGUACUCAAAGUAGCUCUGCGGCAACUCCUGAGCUGGCAUCCAUCGUUGGCUCCCGCUUCGUCUAUAUUUCGGAGCUUGAACAAAAAUCGAACAAACCUCGAGCCCUCAACACCAUGCGAAUCAAGAACCUUGUCGGUGGUGACGAGGUCGCCUUCCGCGAUAUCUACCAAGGCCAACAAUCCAGGGAGCUCAGCAUCAAGUUCAUGAUGAUGUGCAACCCAGAGGACAUCAACGUGCCUGAACUCAUGAGGCACGAUUCCAUCCGGCGCCGAAUCGAGUACAUCAACGCGAUGCACUGCCUUAUGCGCAAGUGGUAUCCCAGAUACCGAGAUGGUGGAUCACUCCUCAGCACUCGACCUUCAAUCAUGAGCCAGAGCAGCGUAGUUGGAGUACCCACCCAGGCCGAUACAUUGAUCGAGUUCAUUGAUUCGACCUACAUUAUCCACCCGCCCGAAACUGAGGGCUUCAACAACACCGAUUUCAACAUUGCACAGCCGGUUCUUUCACUUGAGUUUUUCAGGUGGUUCAAAUCUACCUGCAUGGACAGGAUCGAAACUGACGAGGUCUCCCGUUCUGUCAAGAGUGUUUGCGACAAUACUUAUCAGUAUGUCGAUGUGUUUCCCAAUUAG